AUGCAUUUCAUUUUCAUGGUGAGCGUUGUCAUUCUGGCCUGCAGCGUUUUGAACACCCAAGGGUUUAAUCCAGAUUGUAACCUUCCUAAGGACGACGGGCCGUGCAGAGCAAGGAUUCCAAGUUUCUACUUUGAUAAUGUUACCAGAACGUGCCAUAUGUUUAUGUAUGGUGGAUGCGAAGGAAACGGAAAUAAUUUUGAGAGUCCAGAACAGUGCAAAGAGGAAUGCGAAGCAAAGGACUAAACCAAGCCCGAAUGAAGCCUCUCUAAAAUCAUGCAAGAGGAACCUAUGCUCGGUCAAAUAUGCG